CACCGACGCGCCAUCCUUGCCAACCCUCGUGGGCGACAUUCACAACCUCGACUGACGUCUGUAUCCGUGGCAUACACGCUCGGCUGCCGCUCUAGCCGCUAGACUACUUUCUCAUCCUCCUUCCCCGUAGGCCACAUCACCCCCAGUGCCACGAACCACGACCGAGACCCCCGCGUCGCCCACGGUCAACACCUGCGAAUCACGAAGCUAUACCGCGGAAAGAGUUGAUGUGCGCCUGAAGCAAUGCUUUGCGCAGAACGAGGCAGAUGAGCUCAGAUUCGGGAGAGAGCCACUCCAGCGCUCACAACGACCAUGGAGAUGAGAUAGACAUGGGUGAAGGCGCCAUGGGCGCUUCUGACAUGGAGGACAACGACGACGCUCAGUCGCUAGACAACGGCCCCGAGAGCUUGACCUUUUUCCGGACACGGAGCAGGAAUACACACGAAGAGGCGCAAGAGUCGGCUUCGGAGCUGUCUGUACGGCCCAGACUGACAGUCGAGGAAAGCCCUGCGUCGACGGAUAUACCAGACGAUACGCCUUCGGUGCAAGGUUCCGGCAUAUCCUCACCAACCAGCAGCGUCCCGGUAUCGCAUAACUCGCUCCGCGCCCACCGUCCGACUUCAUUACAGCCCUUUGAGCGCCGCUUCUCCUCGCGCCUGUCGCCCUCGCCAUUGUCGUCCCCGGCCCGUGACCAGUCACCCGCAUUCCUUUCGCCGCAUUCGCGACAGUCUUCCGUGUCGAGUAAUGCCGCCUUCCACCAAUUGUCAGAUGAUGGGUCCGAAACACCUCAGGCGCCAUGGGAGGUCGUGCGAUGGACCAAGCUGAAGAAGAUAACUAGCCAGGUCUUCUCCGAGAUCGGCAAGCGCAACUUCGGUCGGCCAACGUGUCUGAAUGUCACGGUGUCGCUGGCAAUAGGCACGUCGAAAGGUUUCAUCCUCAUCUUCGACUAUCAGCAGGUCCUCAAAUCCAUCAUUGGACCGGGCACCAAGGCCGUGGAAUGCGGCUCUAUCACAUCGCUAGCCAUCGCCGCUGAUCAUUCGACUAUCGCUGGAGGGCAUGCAACAGGUCACAUCUUCACUUGGGAGUUGGCGAAACCAGCCAAGCCAUUCCUUCACAUUCCGCCCCUCGAAAGGGCCAACCUGGAGGAUCACAAGUCGGAUGGCCAUGUGUCUGGUGUCGCCAUCCUUCAUUUGGGCUUCCUCGGCACCAGGCAUACAGCGCUCGUCUCGGCCGAUGAUGCAGGCAUGGCAUUCUCCCAUCUUGCAACGCGUGGCCUAGGAGCUAUCGCACGCACAGUCAAGACUACGAGGAUCCUGGGCAGAUACCCAACUUCUGAAAAGUCAUUAGAGAAGCCGCGGAAACCCAGUUCUGUGCUGGCUUUCGCUCCGCUCCCACUAGGAAAUGUGGAACAACCCACCGAUAGUAUGGGUUUGACCGCGCUUCUGACGCCCUACUUGCUCGUGAUAGUGUCGACUACCCCAGUUGCGCAGACGCAACACAAGGCACCUCGGCCAAAGGACGUGGAAGCACACAGCGCAUUGAGUGGAUGCCUAGCCUGGUUCCCUGCUGUCAAGCUGAAAACCGCCACCGGUCCUGGGAAUGCAGUCUCCAAGACCAAGCUCGUAUAUUGCUGGUCGAAUGUCCUUACCAUACUAGAGGUCGAUCACAUUCUACCACCUCCAUCGGAAAGAGAAAAGCCGACAGAGCUCCACUUUCGACCCCGAAGUCGUUGGAAGGCCGAAGAGGCUAUUGUUGCAGUUCAGUGGCUUAGCAGAUCAGUUCUCAGCGUACUGACCAUCAGCCAGCGACUCAUGAUCUUGGAAGACAAUACAUUGCGCGUGACAGACUCUUUCGACUUGCUGCAGAAGCACAUAUACCACUCGGAUCUAUUUUCGCGACAACUCAAGCCCGCUAUUGAACAUCUUGACGAAGAAGACCCGUCACUGCAUGGAGUCGUAUCAGAUGCCUUCUACAUGAGCUUUCGAGCUUACAAGGGUCGGCUUUUCCUUCUUGGCUUCAACGACUGCUCGAUCGGUACGCUUUCGAAUUGGGCUGAUCGUCUGCUGGCAUUGAUGGAAGAUGGCGACUAUAUAGCUGCUAUUGGCCUCGCGACUUCGUACUACGUUGGCGACGCGGAUAAGCUUACAGUUGGGUUGCCUGAAGACGACAAAGCUCGACAUGCUCUAGUUCGGCCGAAGCUGCUCGAAAUGAUAACAGCGUCGCUCAAGUACUCUUUUUCUCGCCAAGAUGACGUUGACAGCGAUACAUAUGAGCGACGAUCGAAGGAACUUGCCGAAGUGGUCUUCACGGGCCUCAUCUGUAUGGAGGAGUAUGACUUCCUAUUUGAAGAAGUCUACGAUGCGUAUGAAGAAGCGUCAGCCGAGAAGGCCUUCUUCGAGACACUUGAGCCAUAUAUUCAAGAUGAUGAGAUCUCAUCAGUACCACCAAACGUCCUGAAAGACCUCAUAACCUUUUAUGCAUCGCACAACCGCUCUACGCAGCUUGAAGAGAUGAUUUGCCGGCUCGACACAGGUACUAUGGAUCUGAAUCAAGUCACCACACUUUGUCAGCAAUACGUGUUGUACGAUGCGCUGAUUUAUGUGUGGACAAGAGCCAUUGGAGACUACAUUACGCCGCUCACAAACAUUCUAGAGCUCAUCAAAUUGGUGGACUUUGAUGUGGAUGAGGAUGAAAAUAUUUACCUUACUGCCGCGAAGAAGAUCUUCCCAUAUCUCGCAUAUACUUUCACGGGUCGUGUGUAUCCUGGAGGCACAUUCAUGGAUGACGACCAAGCCUACAGUGCGAAGAAGGACAUGUAUCGAUUCUUGUUCUCUGGCAAGAACCUGCAAUGGCCACCAGGCUCGGACGAGAUCAUCCUCACACGGACCGAUGGCAGUGCGGAGCCACCGUUCCCGUAUCUGCAGCUCAUACUAGACUUUGAUGCUUCGAGUUUCAUGAGUAUGCUGAACGAGGCCUUCGAAGACAGCUUCUUGAAUGGCGAACAAGAUUCGCCCAACGGAGCCCAGCCAAACGGGACGCGGCGUGGUUCCGCUCUCACGCCAACGCGCCAGUCCAUCAUCAACUACCUCUUUGGCAUCAUGAACACGGACAACUUUGACCCGGAAGACAUCAUCUACUUCUACAUGUUCGUCGCGCGAAACCUGCCCAAGUAUCCGCAACACAUUAUGCUUCCAGGAACCUCGCUUCACCAAAUCCUUGUCGGCCUCUGCAAAUAUCCUACUGACACCAUCAAAGAGGACUGCCAGCUCUCAGUGGAGUAUCUGCUUUCCAUCUAUCAUCCGCCCAACACUCAAAGCCUUGUACCACUGUUUCAGAAUGCAGGCUUCCAUCGCGUACUGAAAUCUGUCUAUCGCGGUGCACAUCAAUACGCUAAACUGCUCGAAACAUACCUUGUUGAUGACGAGGACGAGGAAGCAGUCUUUGGAUGUAUCGCUGACAUUUUGCGGCCUAGCAAAGGUCUCGUCAAGAAGCAAGUCAACGAGGUAAAGGCAGUCAUCGUCGAUCGGGCUACCGCUCUAGCCGCCGUGGACGCAUCACAAACUGCGACUACACUGAAACAAUAUGCGCCAGACCUGCUGAAGCCGGUUCUGGACGCCAUCGAGGCCGAACCUGAUGCCCAAUACCGCUAUCUCGAGGCUCUGAUUGAACCAGGUCAAGACGAGGUAAAUACGAAAACCGUUAUUGACGACAAUCUUCCUUCCGGGUUCAUCGAACGCUAUGUCCAGCUCAUGUGUACCUACAAUAGUGCACACGUUGCAGACUUUGUCAGCUCGUUAAAGUCCAGUGAUCUUAAAUUGGAUCCCGUACUACCGGCGCUGGAGAAGAGCGGUGUCGUCGACGGCGCCGUGAUACUGAUGGCUCGUGACGGCCUCGUCCAAGGUGCCAUGGAUCGACUGGUGAGGCACCUAGGCACGCUCGAGACUGCAUUGACAGGCCUCAUCGGCGCCGCAGCAGAAACACCUGAUGUUGCCAAUACUGAAGAAGCAGUCCACGACCUCCUGGAAGACAUCCAGAAGUACAUCAAAGUCGGCAUUUGGUUAUGCCAGGGACAAACGCGGUCAGCUGAGCGGGGGCUGGAGUCAGCCAUUGACAGGCGGAAGUCUGCAUACGGCGAAGUCCGGGAAGCAGAUUUAGCACCAGACGAGCUACUAUGGCUCGAGUUGGUCGAUACAUCCGUACGCCUCAUCAGAGAUACAUCAAGUGCCGUCGCAAGCCACGACGCCUCCAUCGCGUCAACGAACAUGGAUCAAGCCGACACCGUCGACACCGCCCGCAUCGUAUCAUCCCUCCGCUCCACCAUCCAACAAACCUUCUCUGCCCUCCUUACAUCAACAACCAUACCACCCACUCGAACAACCAAUCAAGCUCGCACAAGCACCCAGACGCGAGCUACGCGCCCAUCUUUUAAUCAACCACAAUCGAACCCCUCCUUCCUUCGCAUCCUCCGCUGUUUCCUAACCCGCGCCUCACGCACCUAUUCGCCCUCGCUCUCCGACCUACGUUCCGUCCUAUCAGAAAUCUUCGCCGCGUACACCUUCGAAGAAACAAUCCUAAGCCUCGCAAACAGAUUCUUAGACAAGGAGUCUUUUGAACACGUUGCUGAGAUAACCGAGCUGAGGAAACGGGGUUGGAGACCCAGAGGACAGGUGUGUGAGGGCUGCAAAAAAAGGUGUUGGGGGCCGGGAGCGGGAGGGAGCGUGUGGGAGGCUUGGGAGAAGCGCGAAGAGACUAGGAUGAAGGCAAGGCUGGAAAGUGGCGGUAGUGCUGGGCGCGAUGGGGAGGCGAGUGGCAAGGCGAAGGGGAAAAGGCCUAGUCAAGCGGAUGUUCUAGAGGAGAAUGAGGGAGAGGAGAAGGAAGAGAGCUUGGUCCUCUUUGCUUGCAGGCAUUUGUGGCAUCGUGGGUGUUUGGAGAGAGAGAGUGGUGCUGUUGGGCAGGAGCAGAAUGCGGAGGGGGGUAAUGCAGAGGUGGGGAAGAUGAUGGGGAGGGUAGGCUUGAAGUGUCCGCUUUGUUGACACGAUGCUAGAGUAGAACGUAGAUGUAUUGAUGGUAAUGCAUGUCUCCUUGUAUUGCGCCUACCUGGGGCUCCAAUAGCGGGCGGUGAGCGAGACGAGCUCCAGCGAAACGAAACCCAGGCUAUUUUACAAUCCAAUUGUUGUUUGAAGCUCACCGUAGUGACCGUUACUAUAUAAAUUAGACUUCCU